AUGUCGUCGUCAAACUAUAACACUGCCCGCCUCUUACUUAUAGGGCUAGUCUUCCACCUCGUUUACAUUGGAUCUGUCUUCGAUUGUUAUUUCACAAGCCCGGUCGUCCAUGGCAUGCAAAGCUACCGGGUGGAAUCGGGAGAGUCAAAACGUCUCGUCCUCAUCGUCGGCGACGGCCUCCGUGCAGACUUGCUUUUCCAAAAGAAUGGGUUCUCUUCUUCAUUCAGAACAGAAAACUCUCCGGAAGUUGUAGCUCCUUACCUCCGCUCCAUUAUCGAAAAGCGUGGCGCAUUUGGGGUUUCUCAUACCCGUGUGCCGACGGAAAGUCGUCCUGGACACGUCGCAAUUAUCGCUGGCAUGUAUGAAGACGUUUCUGCCGUUACCAAGGGCUGGAAAACCAAUCCCGUUGACUUUGAUUCAGUCUUCAACCAAUCCAGCACAACUUUCUCGUUCGGUUCGCCCGAUAUAUUGCCUAUGUUUGCUCGAGGAGCCAUGGCUGGGAAGGUGCUGACAUGGAUGUAUGAUGAGGAGGCAGAGGAUUUCACGAAAGAUGCCACGGCAUUGGACAUUUGGGUUUACGACCAACUCGAAAGCCUUUUCCACAAUGCAACCACCAACUCUACCCUUAAUACCCAACUUCGCUCACCUGGGACGGUGUUCUUUCUACAUCUUUUAGGUUUGGAUACAACCGGGCACUCAUAUCGUCCUCAUUCAGAGGAAUAUAUGAAAAACAUCCAAGUCGUCGACAACGUUGUCCAUCGCACAGAAGACCUCCUGCGUCAGUUCUAUAAGGACGAAGAGACAUCUUUCAUCUUUACUGCUGACCACGGCAUGUCUGUGUUGGGUAAUCAUGGCGAUGGUCAUCCAGAUAAUACUCGGACCCCUCUAAUAGCCUGGGGACGCGGUAUCCGUGGCCCUCUACCUGACUCAAUUCCAUCCUCACACGACUUUUACUCUGAGCCAUGGGAGUUGAAUCACCUGCUACGCCGAGACAUAGAACAAGCGGACCUCGCACCACUUAUGUCGACACUGAUUGGAACGAGCUGGCCGGUCAACUCCGUCGGUGUCCUUCCUGAUGUUGACCCAAGCCAGCCCGGAUAUAUACUCCCCCAACGUGGUCUGCAAACACUGGCUGAAGCCGCCUACGUCAAUGCCCAGAUGAUUUUGGAGCAAUACAGAAUAAACCACGAAAUCAGAAAAGCGCGCACAGUAGCCUUCAAGCCCUUUGGUUUACUCGAACAAUCGACUUCGGAUCGAACGACUAGACUCAGUCAAAUCAACAAUGCGAUCUCAAGGAGCGACUGGAGUUUUGCCAGAGAGCUCGCUUCGCAACUCAUCCACGACGGCUUGGAGGGUUUGCGUUACUUGCAAACAUAUGAGCGCAGAUUAAUCCAAGGGAUGGCAACAGUGGCUUACACUGGGUGGACAGUAUACGCAUCGCUUUUCAUAUUCCGUCCUCUCGAUACCUCUCUCCCACAGGCCCGCCCCCGUUCGACCAUACUCGAUGCUUUAGCAAUCAUUUCUCUGGGAGGCUUCUGGACUUUGUUCGCCAUCCAGAGGUCGCCUUGGACAUACUAUCUAUAUAGCGCGUUCCCAUGUUACUUCUGGCAUCAGUUUGCCACCCAAAUAUCUCCGGUUGUCCCCCGCUGGCGACAAAGACUUGUCCCUAAACAAUUGCUCUAUAUCGCCUUGGUUGUUGCGGUUCUUCAAAGCAUGGUGCUUGCGUAUACCCACCGCUCAAUAUGGAGUGUCGGUUUCAUUUUGAUUGGGCUUGUCUGGCCAAUGUUAUUCUGGAAGCAGCAAAAGUGGUCUAAAUUGUCUUUCACAUGGGCUGCUUCGUGUUUGGCGACUGCUAUAUUCCCUCUGUUGUCCGUGAACAAGACGGAGAGCUCUUUGGCCAUCCUCUCGGGUGGCGCUGUAAUGAUUUUACUAGGAGCUGCAUUCUUUCGUUCAAGAAUUACUGGGACAGAACACCGUUAUCUCUAUGUAUCUCAGACAGCCCUCAUCCUGCUUGCGAUGAUUGUGACUUCCAGUUCAGUUCGUCACUUGCAAGAAAAACGAGGACUUCCUUUGGUGAAUCAAGUUGCUGGGUGGUUAAUCCUUGUUAUCGCUUCCCUCGUUCCUUUCCUUUCACGCGCCAAGCACAACAGCGUUAACUCAAAGUUGCUAAUGUACUUCCUCGGAUUCGGUCCGGCAUUCGUGCUACUUUCUAUCAGCGUCGAGGGCCUCUUCUAUGCUGCUUAUGCGACCACUCUGGUGUGCUGGAUCGACGCAGAACGAGCCCAACGGGCUUCGCAAUUAGACUCGAUCAAAAAGUCGCGAAAUUUCCAGCAAUAUCGCUUCCAGCCAGACGAUGUUCGGAUAGCGUUAUUCUUCCUAUUCUUUGUGCAAGUAGGCUUUUUUGGCACAGGAAACGUUGCCUCGAUAUCCUCUUUCUAUCUAUCACCAGUAUAUCGGCUGAUCCCAGUGUUCAAUCCUUUCGCCAUGGCAUCCCUCCUUAUAUUCAAGAUUAUUGUGCCAUAUAUCAUCCUCGCUGUGACCUUUGCGACACUGAACGACGCUCUCCGUCUUCCACCAUUCUCCUUGUUCCUCGUUGCGCUAACUCUAACACCCGGAAUGACCCUGACGUUUUUCUUCAACGUCACCGACACAGGUGAGCCAAGCACAUUCGUUGCUGCGAGUUCUCACACGCGUGGUAGGGUCGUGGCUGGAGAUUGGGCAGUCCAUAACGUUCUUCUGCGUUGCGUCUAUGUUACUGCUUUGGUCGGCUGGGAUAUGUACCGGUGGCGAGUAUCUAAUGGCGGAUGUAUUAUCGAGCGGCUCGAAGACAGUUCCGGAAUGAAAAGGCUGCAGGGGAUUGCGCUGGAACGUUUGGGAAAGGUGACGAGGCUGGACAACGUGUCUCGAUUACGAGUCCGUUCAUGCUUGAGAGAACGUUCAAUGGUUGCCCUAAGGUAUAAAGCCCGAUCCUACACUCUCGCACUUUCAACAAACCCCAUGCAGCUCACUAGCUUGCUCCGCAAUAUCUGGCGACACCUUUCCUUCUCCAAAUCACGCGCUCUCUUGCAGAUCCCCGGCAUUUGGGAUGACGGCCAUCUCCGCCAAACCUAUUCUGAAACUCUGGAUGAGUGGCGGGGUAGACUUCUCACUUUGCCCCGUCGCGAGCCAUUGGACAACGGAGUAGUCGUCACAAAGGUCGAGCACUUGGAGAAAAGCAAGGGAAAGCACGAGUUUCUUCGUCUCCACCUCCUCCACAAGGUGUCUAAAGAAGAACAGGCUCUAAUCAUCGAGCGCAAUAUCUUCGUCGAAUCAACACAAGGCACUUCUACGCAUGAUACUGUCCGUCGCGGGGAGCGAGACCUUCGCAGUUAUACCAGCAGCCAGAAUAUUGAGACGUUGACGUUUCUGCAAGGUGAAUGCCCGUCGGUUAUCCAAGUGGCUUUUGUCCUCGGGGCCUUGUCCCAGUACUCGACGCCAGAAACUGAUAUGUCGGGAAAACUCCAGAGCCAAUGGUUCGCAACGGCGGCUUGCCAAUGUUUGCAUGAAGAGCUGAAGGGAAAGCUGGGUGGGGCAAAGGUGGUCGAAAUGAGACAAACCAUCUCGACGCGACCGAUGCUGAUGGAGUAUAAGCAGCAAUUGAGCCAGUAUUCAGCGGCAUUCGAACGCGUCCAGGCGACUACUUGA